CAACGAACACGGCAGACAAGACGCACAACAGCAUUUAAGUGAACCAUCAAAGGGCAAGUACAUUCCCAAACAAAUCAUGUCUCGCCAUUCCAAAAACAAUACGGCUCGUGGCCACUUCACCUAUGCAGAGAAGCAGAUGGUGGAUUAUGGAUCGAAAAAGCAACGACUCGGCCGAGAUUCAAUGCGAGACUUUGACGCAUGUUAUCUAUGUCUCCAAACAGCACGGGAUCCUGUUUGCUGUACUGAAGGCCACCUCUCUUGCAAAGAAUGCAUUUAUGAAAAUAUCCUUGCACAAAAGAUGGAAAUUGAACGGCAGGCAAAACUAAGUUUAUUGUAUCAAAGCCAAGAGGCACAGGAGCAACAGAUGAGGGAAGAAUUAGCACAACAAAUCAUCUUGACUGAGUUUGAGAGGAAUCAAAUGGGAGUUAGCUCCUCAAAAGCAAAACCUACGGUUAAACGCGAAAAGCCUUCAGCAGAUUCCCCCACUACAACUACCAGCUCUAAUACGACACCACGCGCAUCCACUGACUCGCAACAAAAUUCUAAAAAGCGACGCUUUGAAUUAGAUUUAGCAGAACUAGAAAAAAUGUCAAAACAGGAGCGGUUGGAUAUUGCCAAAGCUAUUGAAGAAGAGGCUAAAGCUAAGAAACCUGCUCUUCCAAGCUUCUGGGUGCCUUCAUUAACGCCUUCCACCAAACAGUCAGAGUUCAAGCCAACAAAAGUACAUACCGUUUGCACGGCCACUGACAAUGAACACAAACUAAGCUUAAAAAACCUGAUCCCAGUCAAAUUCGAAUUGGCAAUUGAAGAUCAUGAUGAGACAGAGGCAGGACAGGUGAAGACAUCGUCCAUUUGCCCAAUUUGUAGGAAGGGCUUUACGAACACCACAAAGAUGUCGAUUUUAAAAUCAUGCGGGCAUGUGUUUUGUGAAAGCUGUUGUAAAAAGUUUAUCAAGAAGGAAGGGCGUUGUCAAUCGUGUGACCACAAAACAAAGGAAAAAGAUAUAAUCACCAUGCGCGGCGAGGGUUCUGGCUUCUCAGGAGGAGGUGCCAAGGAGGCUGUCAAGUUUGAUGUAGCUUUUCAGUAGUCACAUCUUUUUUUUAUUAUAAUAGUAAUAAUAG